UCAGGAUCCACCAUAUUCUUGAAAUCUAUUGAUGCUUCCUCACAUGUGAAAAAUGCCACAUACUUAUGUGAGGCUAUUGAGGAAGUCAUACAAGAGGUGGGGGAAGAAAAUGUGGUGCAGGUGGUGACAGAUAAUACAGCAAGUUAUGUUGCUGCAAGUAAAUUUUGAACUUUUCAAGUCUUGAUGGAGAGGCAUCUAUGAUUAUUUAAAAUUUUCUUAACACAUCAAAAUUUCUAAUUAACUUAAAAUUGCUGCAGGUAAACUUUUGAUGGAGAGGCACCCGAAAAGUUUUUGGUCUCCUUGUGCGGCCCAUUGCCUUGACCUCAUGUUGGAGGAUAUUGGUAAGCUUGAAUGGGUGAAAUCAAUAGUUGAAAGGGUCAAAAAUAUCAGCAAGUUUAUCUACAAUCAUGCAUUGGUCCUUAGCAUUAUGAGGCAAUACACGGGGCAAAAGGAGUUGGCUCGUCCUGGUAUCACGAGGUUUGCCUCAAACUUCCUCACACUGAAAUCCUUGAUAAAAUCAAAGGGGGCUUUGAGGCGUAUGUUUGUUGGUGAGGAGUGGACUUCCUCAUCCUAUGCUACGACCACUGCAAGGAUAGAUGUGGUAAAUUGCAUUUUUGAUGAGCCAGGUUUUUGGACCCCCUGUGGAGAAACCGUGCAGGUCACUGAGCCCCUCGUAGUUCUCCUACGAGUUGUUGAUGGGGAGAAGCCCUCUAUGGGCUAUAUAUAUGAGGGUAUGGAUAGGGCCAAGGAGCCAUUAGGUCCAUAUAUGCAAGAGAUGAGGAUAAGUAUGGCCCCAUUUGGGAGAUUAUUGAUAGGAGAUGGCAGAACCAGCUUCACAGGCCCGUCCAUGCAGCAGCCUAUUACCUCAAUCCGGCAUUUCGAUUCUGUGAUGACUUCAAGGCAGAUGAGGAGGUUCUUAGUGGCCUGUAUACAGUGGUUCAAAAGUUGUGUACUGAUGGCACAGCCUCAAGUACAACGCUCCAGCUGGAUAAAUAUAAUAAUCGAGAAGGGGCAAUCUUCUCAAGCAGCAUGUGCAUAGAGGCUCGAACACAAUUGCAGCCAGAUAGAUGGUGGCAAAUGUUUGGGCCCUCAACCCCAAACCUUCAAAAAAUUGCCAUCCGUAUUUUGAGCCAGCCAUGCAACGCUUCUGGAUGUGAGCGCAAUUGGUCCAUGUUCAAGCACAUCCACUCG